AUGGCAGGCGACCAUGGCUCCCAGGGCCCUGUGGUCGCGGGAAUUUGUAUUGCUUUUGCGAUCUUAACGUUUCUUGUUUUGGCUCUACGACUUUUUGCCAGGAUCUAUGUUUUAGGCAAGAUGGGUCUCGAUGAUUAUCUCAUUAUAGGAGCAUGUCUUUUAGCUUGGGCAUUCAUCGCAGCAACUAUAUCUGCCGUUCAAAAUGGACUUGGACAACAUUACGUGGAUACCGACAAGAGCUUGCUCAUCAAUUACUCUUUUGCCGUCUGGUUGAGUUCCAUGUUUUAUCUGGCUUGUCUUGGGUUCAUCAAAACAUCGGUGCUAUGGUUCUAUACCCGACUGGGUGAUCGCUACCUCACUCGAAUGUCACAUGUAAUGAUGGCCAUCAUCAUCUGCCAAGCUGGAUCGUUUGUGCUUGUUGCCGCCUUUCAGUGCUCCCCAGUCAGCAAAGCUUGGACAGGUGCUGCCGGUGGUAAAUGCGUCGACAUCAAUAUUUUCUAUCUUUGCAACGCAGCCCUCAACAUCUUCACGGACGUUUUGACCUACACCCUCCCCGUUCGAGUCAUUUUCAAAUUACAAAUGCCUCAGAAGCAAAAGAUUGUGCUAGCACUUAUUCUAUGCUUGGGUCUCUUUGCCUGUGUCUCUUCCAUUAUUCGAAUCACCUACAUCCCUGCCAUGCUCACAUCUGCGGACUACACCUACGCAAUCAGCGGUGCCAUGUACUGGUCCGUGAUUGAAACCAACAUAGGAAUUCUCGCUGCCUCGAUUCCUUCCUUCAAGGCUAUUGCCUCUCGUUUCGUUCCCCGCUUCAUUGGCGAGUAUAGCAGCGGUCGCAAAUACGGCCCGUGGUCUGGCAACACCGAUGCUCGGCGAUAUGGAAGCGGCUUCACUAAGGUGACAGAUCCUAAUCAAAUAACGAUGAACACAAUGAACGGGAAGGAAGACGAUGUUGGCUUGGGUACUCAAAUUGGUGCUGGGGAUCGGGAUGACUCGAGUGAGGAUCGAAUCAUUGUCCCUGAUGGAAAGAUCUUCACGCAGACAGAGAUUGAGACAACAGUUGAGACAACUGAUGUCUUCGAAUCCCGCGAGCAGGCUCGCCGGUCAAAACGUGGCUUUAAAUAA